AUGCAAAGCUCACGACUGAUUGAGGAGAAACGGGAUAGAAUCAAACGAAAGGUUGAUUUACAUUUGGUCGACAGUUUUGAUAAGUCUACAAUCAGCCAAGGAGACGAGAUUAUGAAACUUUAUGAUGACGAUAUAGAUAACCCAAAAAAGAUAAAGAGUACAGCCGAAGACUUUCAGUCUGAUAGUGAUUUUUUUGCGGAUUUAUCUACCAUUGGAAGUGAGGAGUCAUCAACUGACGUUCAAUAUCCCCCCAUUGAAGUGAGGAGUCAUCGGGUGUACUGGAAAUAA